CACCACAGUCCUGGCAGGGCCGCCAUUUUUGCAAAGGGAAAAGAGACUGCUUGUGAGGGGGAUCUAAUUUCGAAAAGUCGCUCUUUGCCCGGCGAAUAGUUUGUUUUUAACGCUCCCCCCCUUUUGAGUUCCUGCGCCGACCCGGGCCUCCCACCCCUUGUGCAGCACCAGAGGCGGCGCGGAAUUUUGGACAGGAGAGGACUAUCUCGAGGACGAGGCGAGAAUCCUAACGUUUUUGAGCUUUUUUCAGCUAGUGAGCCGCAGUGUGUGGACACAAGUAUUGUUUUGGUUGUGGAGGCUGCGUGGACAGCGGCGAGGGUCUUGCCCCGCUGCCUAAUUCGUCUCCUGGACUCCCCCGACGUGGAUAUAAGACUGCCUCGUGGAUGCACUUAGAUGUCUGCGAUGACUGCUGUGGCUGGCAUGCCUCAGUGUUUUGGACUGCCAUUCUCUGGACUCAGUAGGACAAGAACUGAUCAGCAGAGAACGUCAUGAGCAUAGUCAUCCCCGCGGGGGUGGACACAGCAGCAGACGCCUCGUACCUGGACAUGGCGGCGGGCUCUGAACCAGAGUCGGUGGAGGCCAGCCCCGUGGUGGUAGAAAAGUCCAGCUACCCGCACCAGAUCUUCAGCAGCAGCAGCUCUCACCAUUCCCACAGUUACAUCGGCCUGCCUUAUGCUGACCACAACUAUGGGGCGCGGCCCCCGCCCACGCCGCCGGCCUCGCCUCCCCCUUCCAUGUUGAUCCGUCAGGGCGAUGGGGGGUUGUUUGUUCCGGGCGGCCAGGACGAAGCAUCCACGGGCACCACGCUCAGCACCUCCGAGGAUGGCAGCUACGGAGCCGACAUCACCCGCUGCAUCUGCGGCUUCACGCACGACGACGGUUACAUGAUCUGCUGCGACAAGUGCAGCGCCUGGCAGCACAUCGACUGCAUGGGCAUCGACAGGCAGAACAUUCCCGAGACGUACCUGUGCGAGCGCUGCCAGCCCAGACACCUGGACCGCGAGAGGGCCAUCCUCCUGCAGACGCGGAAGCGGGAGUGUUUGUCGGUAGAUGGGGACACCAGCGCCACGGAGAGCGGCGACGAGGUGCCUCUGGAGCUCUACUCCACCUUCCAGCACACGCCCACCACCAUCACCCUCACCACCGGGCGCCUCGGCAACAAGCAGGUGGACAAGAAGCGCAAGAAGAGCGUCGAAAAAGACGCCCCGGCGUCCUCCGCGCGAGCGAAGAAGGCCUUCCGAGAGGGCUCCAGAAAGUCCUCGAGAGUAAAGGGCGCCGCCCCCGAGCAGGACCCGACGGAGCACCCGGCGCUGUGGGAGAACAAGAUCAAGACGUGGAUGGAGCGCUACGAGGAGGCCAGCAGUAAUCAGUACAGCGAGGAUGUGCAAGUGCUGCUGCGCGUCAAGGAGCAAGGCGACGGCAAGAGCCUGGCUUACAACACGCACCUGGCGUCCUUCAAGCCCCCGGUGGAGAGUCAAAUUCAAAAGAACAAGAAGAUCCUCAAGGCCGUGAGGGACUUGGCCCCGGAUUCCCUCAUCAUCGAGUACAGGGGCAAGUUUAUGCUUCGGCAGCAGUUUGAAGCCAACGGAUACUUCUUCAAAAGACCUUACCCCUUUGUGUUAUUUUACUCCAAAUUUGACGGGUUGGAGAUGUGCGUGGACGCGCGCAGCUUCGGCAACGAGGCGCGCUUCAUCCGCCGCUCUUGCACCCCCAAUGCUGAGGUGCGGCACGUAAUCGAGGACGGCAUGUUACACUUGUACAUCUACUCGCUGAGGCCCAUCGGCAAAGGCGCGGAGAUCACCAUCGGGUUCGAUUACGACUACGGCAGUUGUAAAUACAAGGUGGACUGCGCCUGCGUGAAGGGCAACCCCGAGUGCCCCGUGCUCAAGCACAACCAGGAGCCCACCGAGAACCUGGGCUCGGGCGGGCGGCGGCGCAACAGCCGCAAGGACAAGGACCCGGGCCGCGAGGACCUGAGCCAGAACCAGAACCUGGGCGUGGACUGCGAGGGGAAGAGCAAGAGCGUGGGCGACUGCAAGCAGAGGAAACUCUCGCCCCUUCGACUCUCCAUCUCCAACAACCAGGAUCCCGACUUAUUUGAGGAUCUAGAAGACAAAACGUCCGUUAGCAAUGAAGUAGAGAUGGAGUCAGACGAACAGAUUGCGGAGAGGAGGAAGAAGAUGACGCGAGAGGAGCGGAAGAUGGAGGCCAUCCUGCAGGCCUUUGCGCGCAUGGAGAAGCGGGAGAAGCGGCGGGAGCAGGCGCUGGAACGUAUCGGCAGCGUCAAGCCCGAGCUCGGGGGUCGCAGCGACAUCAAGGAGGAGCCGCCGGCCACCCCGGAGGCGGCCGACUCCCCCUCGCUCGUACAGCCACCUCUUCAAGAGGUCAAAGAGGAGCCGGGCUUGAAGCCGGCCAAGGUGAAAGGCUCGCGGAACAGGAAGAGCUUCUCGCGGAACCGCACGCACAUCGGCCAGCAGCGGCGGCGAGCUCGCACCAUCAGCGCUUGCUCCGACUUGGCGCCGGGCUCUCCGGUGGAGCCCAUUGAGCCUCUGAACACGGAACCCCUCGAGGGAGAGCCGCCCAGCGCACCGGAGCCCGAGACCGUCGCCGCCCAGCCGCCGGACGCCAGUCCGCCACACAGCAACUCGCCGGCGCCCGAGCGAAACCGCCCCGGGAGCAAGAGUUUUAAAACGAAAAAGCACUUUGUCAGCGAAUGGGUGGGCGAGAAGCAGCCCGACGGCUCGGCGGCGCGCACCCCGGAGCCGGCGCCGGAGCGACCGCUCCGCAUCAGCAGCGACCCUGAAGUCCUGGCCACCCAGCUCAACGCCCUUCCGGGUCUGGCCUGCUCGCCGCAGGUCUACAGCACGCCCAAACACUACGUCCGCUUCUCCUCGCCCUUCCUGGCCAACCGCAGCCCCACCGCCCCCGGCGUCCCCACCGGGAGACGGCGCUCCAGAGAAGUGCCCGAAACGCCUCCGACCACCGGCUCUUGCAAGAAGCGAUGGUUAAAGCAGGCACUGGAGGAGGAGGGGUCCACCAGUCCAGCCAGGAGACCCAGUCUCUUCAUGCCCAGCGAAGGUCCUCUCAGCCCGCCCAUCAACGGAGACUCGGACAGCCCCCUCCCCUACAACGGUUCCUGCUCACUGCCCGAGUUGCCCACGCCUUUGAAAAAGCGCCGCUUGAGCCCCCUGGACGCCUGCAUGUCGGAGAGCUCCACGCCGUACGGCUCUCCUUGCGCCACACCCACUCGGACCGAGCAGCCGGAGACAUCGGCGCCACCCGCGCUGACGGCCACGCCGCCGCGGCCUCGAGCCGAGGAGUCGCCAGCGGAGCAUUUCGCCAGCACCCCAACGCAAACGCCACAGGAGAGCGACUCUUCAACGGAAAGCUCGCCGGACUUUAGCGCGAAAGCAAAUUUGUCGGAGGUCAGCAACCCGGCAGAUCGGCCUCCUUCGUUGAUGCCGUCUCCCUCCGUUCGGACGCCGAGCUCCGACGGUCUCCCGCCCGACGCCAAGACGUCAGUGCCUGACAGUCCACCGCCGCCGCCACCGCCGCCCCCCGUUGUCGAGUGCGCCGCCGACUUAGCGGAGGACCGGCCGGAUGGCGUGACGGCGGAGGCCGGCGGCAGCGGCAGCGAGGCUUCCUCCUCUGCCGAAACGUGCGCUUCCGCCUCCUUCCCCGGCUGGAUCAAGAGUCCGGAGCGGUGCCCGACGACGCCGUCUGCCGGCCUCAGCUUCUCCCCCGUCAACUCCAACCUAAGGGACCUCACCCCCUCGCACACCCUGGAGCCCCUGCCGGCUCCCUUCAGACCCGACGCUGCAGCGGGACCUGUGGUGGUGGCGGCGUCAGCCAGCCAGCCGGUUUUCGCCGAGGGCCAGGGGCCGCUCUUCUACCCCUGCGCCGAAGACGCCGGCUCGGCCGGCUUCUCGCGCUCGCUCAACGGCGGCGGCGACGAGACAGGCGGCUCUGCGCAAAAUCCCCCGCAGAAGAAGAAGGUCUCCCUGCUGGAAUACAGAAAGCGACAGCGCGAAGCUCGCCGCAGCGGCUCCAAGAUGGACUGCGGCUCGCCCGUGUCCGCCGUGCUCCCUUUGAGCAUGGAUGGGUUCCCAGUCGUCGCCAUGGAAACCAGCAGCGAGGCUUCCUUGCCUCCGCCGCCGCCGCCUCCUCCUCCGCCUCCCCCUCCCUCUUCCGCAGCCCUCAGCAGCGGCAAGGAGCCGCAGACCACGGAGGAGUGCGAGAGCGCGGGAGAGAGGGAAGGAGGAGAGGUCCAAUGGACGUCAUCCACGUCUGUGGAACAGGCUCGUGAGCGGAGCUACCACAGAGCUUUGCUGCUCAGCAAAGACAAAGACGCAGAUGGUGACACCGAGGGAGGUGAGACACCGACGCCGAGGGACUGUCCAUCUCCUGGACCUCAAAAGACACCGACUCAUGCACCGGGCUCUCCCGGUCCAGUCUGUUCUGUCAUAGCCUCCGGCUGGAAAGAGGAAGACGGCGACGGUCCGCCUCGAGCGGCCAACCAGCCCCUGCAGCUGCCCAUCAAGUCCAAAUCCACGCCCGCCACCCCGAGCAAGCUGCACCCGCCGCCGCCGCCGCCGCCCUCCUCCCCCGUGCACUACCCAGGGCCGGCCCUCCUCCACGUGCAGCCUCAGGGCUCGCCCUACCGCAGCCAGCGGGCGCUCUUCUCCUCCCAGUCCCAGAACCAAACGGCAGGCCAGGCCCCGGCGCCUUCGUUCGUGCAGUACAACGCGCAGGCCGCCCCUCCGCCGCCACCGCCCCCACCUCCUCCUCCGCCGCCCGCCUCCACGGCCUACUUCCCCGCUCAGACUGCCUCCCCGGCGGGCCCCUUCUCGGGAUUCAAAGCGGCGGUGACACCCUCCUACUCUCCGGGCUCUCAGGCUCUGAUGCAAACUCUUCCCCACAGCGUGCACUAUCAGACCUCGGCCGCCCCGCCGCCGCCGCCCCCUCCGCCGCCCCCGCACCCUAUGUCCAGCCCCGCCCUGCUGCACGUCAACUUGCAGCCCGCCCCCAUCCAGCAGAUCAUGCUGACCGCCGCCCCCACGUUGACACAGGGCCAGUCCUCGGCUCAGCAGCAGCAACAGCCGCCCCUGUCCCUCACCCCGCCGCCGCCUCCGCCCCCGCCCCCGCCUAACCCUUCGGGCGGCGCCCAGAUGCAGCCCCACCACUUUCCAAACUUGGCGGGCUUUCAGACGACAUUGCUCGCCAACCCCUCGGUGCCCCCGUCCGCGUACCCCCCGUCCCUUCAGCAGAGCGGACUGCCACCGCCGCCGCCACCGCCCCCGCAACAGACUCAGCAAGGCUCAGCUCCGUCCGCCGCCCCCCAACUGCCGGCCGGAGCCCGCGGAGGCCCCGCCUCCUCCGCGCCCUUUCACACUUCGGGUUACCUGAGCACAGGGUGGCACUGAACUCUGCCUAAGCAGGAUUUGGGGAUGAGGGUCAGGUUGUAAAACAAUGGAAAUUGUUGGGAAAUGUCCAUGGGAUAAGGGAGUUUUUCUCUGUAUGUUAAUGGAAAUUCAUUUGAGAAAAGUUUCAAAAUCAAGCGUUCAUUUUGUAUCGCUCGAAAAGAGACAGACAUCCAUGCAAAUUAAUAGCUCUCCCACAUAACAGUAUAUGCGCAGGUUUAUUUAUUUAUUUAUUUAUUUGACUUUUGGCUCCCACCACAACCAAUUGCAGCUCAUCAUUUUGUUGUAGUUCCGAUAAUUCAAAAUUGUCAUUUAAGUAGUGAGCCAAAUUUCACUUGAUCACAUUCCUUCUUUAGUCCCACAAAUUCCCAUGGAAAUCUUCCCACAUUUCCAUCAUUUUGCAACCCCAAACACGGAACGGGGCACUGUAGAUAUGUUUUCUAUGGCCAGUGGAAAAACAUGAUUGUUGGAUAAAAGGGUAUUUAAAAAAAAAAAAAAAAAAAAAGUCAAAACAGACUGACAUCAACUUCAAGAUAAACUGUAAAAGAUGGACGACCGACCGACCGACCGACCGACCCAAUGUGGUGCUCUUGGCGCUCUUCUCCUUUUCUACUUCCUUCCUGUGACAGGUGGGGGAGGACUUCACUGUUGUGCGUCUCGUUCGGGCUCCUGUUUUCUUGUUCAACUGCACUUUGUUUCGCAAUGGACAUUCCAGCCUUUAGCCCUCCUCCUCCUCCUCCUUUUUUCUCCUCUUUGGUCCGUCUGUUGUCUCUGUUGGUUUUCUCUAGCAUUUGUUUUGUAUAGAAAAAGCGACAUAUUUUUGUCAAAUUCCUCCGUCUGACAUCAGAAGUCUGCUGAGCGCCACGGAAGACCAUUAGCGGGAGAGCGCCUGGCCUCCUCGGGGCUCCCGGACUCGGCGUUUGCGUGUUUGGCGGUCGUCCCGGGUGGGCCGAGCGCCUCCUCCGCGGGUGGGAUGCUCGCAGUUUAUUUUUUUCAAUAAGGAGCGUUACUUACUUGUAGAAGGUGUAAUUAAAUGUAUCAUAGGUGGUUACGCCGGCUUUCACCAGGAACACGUUUGUAAAUAUUUGCUUUUUUUUUUUUUUUCUACGCCUGUACAAUUCGCAGCCAUCGCCUCCCAUUUUUCAAACAUGGUUGUACAUAGGAACGCUCUUCUUGGCAAAGCUGAAUGUUUCCGUGACUGUAGCAUUAUUUUUUAUUUACACCCUCUCUGGACACAUUGACGUUGUCCUGUUUUUUUUUUUUAAUUAUUAUUAUUGUUAUUAUUAUUCGUGUGUGUGCGUGCGUGCGUGUGUGUGUAUGUGUGUGUGUGAGUGUGUUUGUGCCGAGGGGAGGAGCUCACAGACACUGCACUGGUUGGCUAUUUUCAUGGUUCAUUAUAAUAAAUCACUGUAAUGACAGUUUUCUAAACA